AUGUUUCACUGUGUUACGUUCCUCGUACUUUCACUUAUAGGAAUCCAGGUUUCUUCGGAACCAUUAGGACUUGAACGGAAUGUUUGUUGGUUGCCAGCAAGUUCCGGUCCCUGCUAUGGAUACUUUAAUAAAUAUUACUUCAACAAGAGAUCUGGAAAAUGUGAAAAGUUUGUCUAUGGUGGGUGCCAGGGUAAUGCCAACAACUUUGAAACGUUAAUGGACUGUGAAAUAGAAUGUAUUGGUAAUGUAUUUAGUAAGCGAGGUCUACGCGAGAUCCUAAAGGGUAGUGUACCACAACAAGUUCGUAAGUGAGGUCUACGCCAGAUCUGGAAGGACCAAUCAUAGACUCGAUAAUCUUAUACCUAUUACAUAAUAAAGUUGACUUGGAUGUUUUUUGCUUACAUGGCUGCAAAACUAAAUGAAAAUAGACCACCGACUUGAUUUUGUAAAUAAAAGAUUAAGCAAAGUAA